GUUAUUUAUAACUUUGUCCUAACUUUAGCCAACUUUGAUCUUGCAUGUUUGCUGAGGACUGUGUGCUGGCAGGUCACAUCGCAGAUGUGUUUUCUCUAACCCUGUGUAGCUGUAGUAUUAUAGUAGUAUCAGAACUCUGGACCAUUGCUGUGCUGCUCAUUUACAAUCCAAGCCGUAUUGUGGCUCCUCCCAUGAUCUAUGUUGCAAGAUCUGACCUGUAUAACUGUUCAGUCAGACGGGGUGCAGUGAGCUGUGUAAGGAAGCUUGUACAGUGCAGCAAUGAAUAACACAACCAUCAACUGUAGAAUCGCUGACAUCCCGUCCAUUUAUAAUGCACCGGCCAUCAUCAUCACCUCCAGCCUGGGCUUAGUGGCCAACGUGCUGGCUUUGUGGAUCUUCUGCUUUUACAUCAAGUCCUGGAAGCCCAACACUGUCUUCUCCCUGAACCUGGCCAUCGCAGACCUGAUGCUCGCUGUGUUCUGCUUGCCGUUCCGGGCAGACUACUUUGUGCGUGGGAAGAAUUGGGUGUUUGGUGACGCGAUGUGCCGCAUUAAUCUGUUCCUGUUUUCUCUGAAUCGCGCCGCGAGUAUCGCCUUCCUGAUGGUGAUGGCGAUGAACCGUUACUUCAAAGUCAUGCACCCUUACCACAGGGUCAGCAAGAUCUCGGUGCUGUGUGCUGUGAAGGUGUCUUGCCUAAUGUGGGCGGAGAGCGUGGCCAUUACUGCCUACCUCCUGGCCGAACGUCACGACUUCAAAUACAACAAGAAGACCCUCUGCGAGACCUUGGACAUGGACAACUCACAGGACACAGCAUCCGUCAUCUGGCACAAUGUGGUCUUUAUCUUCUUUAAAUUCACCCUGCCCACCUGUGUCCUCCUCUUUUCCACCCUAAGCAUCGUCUUCAAGCUCAGGCAGAUGAGCCCCGAGCUGAGACACAAGUACAGGAAGACCAUCAAGCUCCUUGCUGCUGUGGCGAUCGUCUUUGUCUUAUGUUUCUUGCCGACCAGUGUGACGCUGAUAGCCGUGGUUGUCCACAGAAGGACCAAGGAUCUCAACUGCAGGAGGUAUACAAUUUCGGUCCAAGUGUUUUACAACACUCUCUUCGUCACCUACUUCAACAUCGUGCUGGAUCCCAUUGUUUACUACUUCUCCAGCUCGAUGUUUCAGACCGCCUUCAGGAGGGCGCUCAACACCUGCCGCUCGGGGGCAGCCACCGACACCGAGGCUCCUUCCCAGGAGGGAGAGCUUGAGGACAAGCCGAUGAAACGGAGUCCAGUUGACUGCCAAACCACCGAAACAUUCAGUGACUGAGUGAAGCCAAGGGGAGGUCGGGAACUAUGAUGUGGGUUGGGACAUCACAGGUGGGAUUGUUGUGGAGCGCAGUGGCUCGGUUUCUGGAGGCAAUUUGCAGCAGCAAAGUCCACAAACAAGGAUGAAAUAAUUGACUGAUUUUCUCUGAAGCCAGGACUCAGCAGGAGAAGCUCCCUUCUCUUUUUCAACACUGUCCCUGGAUUUUCAACAUCCUCUUGAACAGGUAGACAUGCGUUGUGAUGUCUUAAGGAGUAUACUGUAAAAGGUACUGACUGUAUUUUGUGGGCGAAA